UAAACCAUGAAGAAAUCUCCCCGAGAUUUUUUCUGUUCACCGUUGAGUGGCCGCCUCAAAGACGACACCGCAGAGAUAAGAGUGGAAGCUCCAUUCUCAGGGCACAGCUAACCAGGCACAGCCGCCGAUUCCCCUCAAGCCUCACUUCUGAAAGGGAAGAGAGUGGCUUUUGGGUGCUUGUCGUCUUCUCGUUUCCUUGUUCUUUCUUUUUCCUCUCUUCUCCCCACCUACCCAACAGCCACAAAUGGCUGCCUCCGUCCCCUCACUGGGCUUCGCGGCCACGUUCGUGAAACGCCACGCCGCAGUUCAGGUCCAAGCUCAUACCUUCCUCUCCCGGCCUUUCGCACUCCUCCCCCGCUCCAUCAGCCUCGCCUGCAUUAGAACUCCGCCAGCUUCUUCGCUCCCCAAACUAAAGGCCAACUUCCCUAAGUUUAGGAGGUGCACACGGACGGUGGCUUCCUCCGCGGCCACAGCGCAGAACCAAGGGGAAGAUUUGAUCUCCAAGAUUCCCCCGGACAACCGAAUCCCUGCCACCAUCAUCACUGGCUUCCUUGGCUCCGGAAAGACAACUCUUUUAAACCAUAUUUUAACUGCUGAUCAUGGAAAAAAGAUUGCUGUCAUUGAGAAUGAGUUUGGUGAGAUUGAUAUUGACGGUUCACUGGUGGCUGCCAAAACAACUGGAGCAGAAGACAUUAUCAUGCUCAACAAUGGUUGCUUGUGCUGUACGGUGAGAGGUGAUCUAGUUCGUAUGGUCUCAGAGCUACUCGAUAAGAAAAAGGGGAAGUUUGACCAUAUUGUUAUAGAGACAACUGGCCUUGCAAAUCCAGCCCCUAUCAUUCAAACUUUCUACUCAGAGGACAGACUUUUUAAUGAUGUCAAGUUGGAUGGCGUAGUUACUCUGGUUGAUGCAAAACAUGCAGGCAUCCAUUUGGAUGAAGUAAAACCAAAAGGUGUAGUGAAUGAAGCAGUUGAACAAAUUGCAUAUGCUGAUCGUAUCAUAUUGAACAAGAUUGACUUGGUUGGUGAGCAAGAGCUUUCUUCCUUAGUUCAGCGAGUAAAGAAUAUUAAUGGUAUGGCUUCACUCAAGCGAACAGAGUAUGGCAAAGUAGACUUGGAUUAUGUUCUUGGAAUUGGAGGAUUUGACUUGGAAAGGAUUGAAAGUGUUGUAAAUGCUGAAGAGCCGGAGGACCACUCUGAUCAUGAUCAUUGCCAUGGCCACUGUGAUGAUCCCAAUCAUCAUCAUCAUGACAAGCAUGAACAUGAACAUGAGCACCAUGCAAGCAAUCAUGCACAUGAUCAUGCACAUGAUCAUAUACAUGAUCCAGGUGUUUCAUCUGUCAGCAUAGUUUGCGAGGGAAAUUUGGAUCUAAAUAAGGCAAAUAUUUGGUUGGGGACCCUACUGCUGGAGCGCAGUGAUGACAUUUAUCGAAUGAAAGGCCUUCUUUCUGUUGAUGGCUUGAACGAGAGAUUUGUUUUUCAGGGAGUUCAUGAUAUAUUUCAAGGAUCACCUGACAGACCAUGGGCCCCAGAAGAGAAAAGAAUAAACAAGAUUGUUUUCAUAGGAAAAAAUUUGGAUGCCAAGGCUAUAGAAGAGGGUUUCACAGCCUGCCUACUGCAAUAAGGAUUGCCCUUGCCCUGGUGUUCGAUACUUCUGUAGAGGUAGUGGCCAGCUCUCUGUUUCUCUCUCUGUUUGCCGCAGGUUCAUACUUUUGGGUGCUAGUAAAUAUUCCAGUGUUCGAGCAUUUGUUCAAGAGAAACCCACAUGUUAGUGGGCUGACAAAAAGACUUCUUCUUAGAACGAUAUUGCUGCAUGGCAUUUCUAGCAUUUGAAGAUCAACAGUCUCCUGCCAACUGAUGGAUGCAUAUCUCGAAGGUUGUAUUCAGGAAAUGGCAGCAUAUCAUGCAUGCAGAAUCGCAGAUGGUAUACAAUAAGAGCAAUCUCGUCUCCUAUCUAAGGAGGAAAUGGUUGGACAUUGGCAGUAUGGAAGAACGACCAUUACUGGCAUACGUACAAUGUUUUAAACUUUUACUGUUUAUGGCUAUUUUGUUGCGACUUAAUAAACUUCGGACGAGUAUACCGGAGAAAAACUAAAAGUAGCAGAAACAAGCUUUCGAGUAAA